AGGCGGUCAUUUUCGUUCGGUUUUCUAGUUCUACCGGCACUGGCGGUACCGACGAGAAGACUCUGUUCGCCGGCGGAGAUUACGGCAGCAAUCAGUUAAUCAUAUGGUGAAAGGAGGGCAAAACCUUCCGGCAGAUGUGAGCCAAGUGAUCGAUCAGCUAGAGCGCCACUGCUUGGCGCCAGACGGGUCGCUGGUCUCCAAAUCUGCCUACUACGAUCUCCAGCUCGCGAGAGAGGAAAUGUCGAGAGAGAGACUGCGGUACUUGGAAGCAAUGGCAAUUUAUUGUGAAGCAAUUGCAAUGGUGGAAGAGUAUCAGCAGGCUGUCUCCGUGGCUAAUCUCGGAGGGAUUCGGGAUGUGCAGGGCCUAUACCCACAACUUGGCUUAAAGAACCCUCCUCAGGUUUAUGAGACUCUGGAGCACCGACUUGUUGUUGCUGAAGCAGCUCAAAGAUUAAGACUUCCGCUGAUAUCUAAAGAUGGGGAAAUUCAUGAGGAAGAGAUUGAAAAAUGGAGUAUAUUGUCACAAAGUUCACUUGAUAGUACCAGUACCAGUCUUACAAUCAGCUCAAGUUCAAUCUCGCUAAACUAUGCUAAUAGUUCAGCAAACAGUGCUGCAGCUGCAACAAGUAGUGCUAGUGAUGCGGUCGAACUGGGAGUUGGUGGUGUGCCUAAUCGCUUUCUUGGAAUAACACCUGCUUAUUUAUGGCAAACUCAGCUUCAACAGACUCCAUUGACAGUAGAUAUGACAGACUACCAAUUGUGUCUUGCACGAGAGAUCGAGGCACAAUUAAAUGCUAAGUGUGACAAGCUAGCAGAUGCCUUUGUUGAUGACAUUGAUUUAUCUUCUGGAAAUCAAAGUUCAAGCGCCCAGCUUCCAGAAAGGGUGAAGUUGAUGAUUGAAGAGAUAGAAAGGGAAGAAGCCGCUUUAAGGGAGGACCUAUAUUCUGCAGAUAGAAAAUUUGCGGAAUAUUACAAUGUCCUUGAGCAAAUACUGGGAGUGCUCAUUAAGCUUGUCAAAGAUUUGAAGUUGCAACAUCAACAUAAAUAUGAUGAAUUACAAAAGACAUGGUUGUGCAAACGUUGUGAAACUAUGAGUGCAAAACUGAGGGUUUUGGAGCAUGUUCUCUUGCUUGAAACUUAUACUCGUGAGUCAAUACCAGCAUUACAUAAACUAAGAAAUUACCUUGUUGAAGCUACGGAAGAAGCUUCAGCUGCUUAUAAUAAAGCGGUCACACGUCUCCGUGAAUACCAAGGUGUAGAUCCUCAUUUUGACACAAUUGCAAGACAGUACCAUGAUAUUGUGAAGAAACUGGAAAACAUGCAAUGGACUAUCCACCAAGUCGAGAUGGACCUCAAACGCUUACCAGAUCAUCCGAGCUCUUGAGAUUCUGAUUCCAUUUGGUUUUACCUGUUGAAAAUUAUGUACUUCUAUUGUAAUAGAGCUCAAAUCAAACUACUCGAUGCGCCAGCCUGUUGACUGUUGCGUGUUCUAUUGAAUAAUGAAUACCAAUAGAUAUGCCCUGCGUUC